AUGGAGGAUGAAUUAUACAAUGAAAUUAUUAUGGUAUUAAAGGACUCCACAAUUUUAGGAUUUGGUGCCAAUGAUGAAAAAAAAUAUAGAGGAAUUAGAAAAUUUUAUACAUUCAGAGAAACUUCUGAUGGUAAAAUAACUUUAAUUAAGAAUGUAAUUGAUAAACUUAGAAUUGUUCCACGUAGACGUGAAUUACCUGCUAUAUUCAAUAAAUAUCACGACGAAAGUAGUCAUGCAUCUAAACAUGUUUUAAUGAGAGAGACAAUGAUUGGAUAUUUUUGGCCAACCAAAACAGUUGAUAUUGAUGCCUAUGUAAACAAUUGUGUAUAUUGCAACGAAUUUAAAAAAAGAUUUGGUAAAGCACCAAGCAAGAGAGAUAGAUCUAUAGUUUUGGAGGAAACAAAAGGUAUCAUUGUUCCAAAAAGACCAAAUAAAAGAAAAUCAAAAGAACCAGCAUCAUCAAAAACAAAAACUACAAAAACAAAAUCAUCAAAAAAAACUGAAGAAGGUCCUUGGGGUUCAAUUUUAGAAAAGAAAAAAAAAGAUAAUGAUAGUGGUGAUAGUGGUAUUGAUAGUGAAGAUGAUAACGAUAAUAGCAAUGACAAUGAUGAUAGUGAUAAUAGUAGUAGUAAUAGUAAUAAAAAUAAUCAAAGCUCCAGAGGAACAAAAAGAUUAAAAUCAUCUAAAAAUCAUGAAGACAAUGAUGAUGAUGAUGAUGAUGAUGAUAAUAAUGAUGAGGAUGAUGACGAUGAAGAUUACAAUGACGAUGACGAUGAUGAUUAUAAAGUUGAAGAAAAUGAAGAAAAUGAAGAAGAAAAUUUUAAACCAAAAAGAUUAGGUGGUAGUAGAAGACAAUCAGCUAUCUCAUCAAUUUCUGAUGAUGACUCUGAGAUUUUAUAA